AUGUCUGACACAGAACUGAAGACCCAGCUAGAAGAACUUAUUGCCAAAAAUGCACUUUUAGAAUCCCAACUCAAGGCACAACUAGAACCCAAAUCGGGGAUAUCAAGUGAACAGGUCUGCAGGGUGUCGGUAAAACUACCACCAUUUUGGACCGACAGACCAGCGAUAUGGUUUGCCCAAGCUGAGGCCCAGUUCCACUUAGCUGGAAUAACUGCUGACUCAACAAAGUUUUGUCAUGUUAUCGCUACCAUAGACCAGCGGGUUAUAGGGGAAAUAGAGGACAUUGUGAUGAAUCCCCCUGAAGAGAACAAAUAUGGGAAACUCAAAGAAGAAUUGAUUCGCCGAUUAUCGACCUCUGAGGAACAACGAGUUCGACGCCUGCUCAGCGAAGAGGAAUUGGGCGACAGGAAACCGUCCACAUUCCUACGACAUCUUAGAUCACUUGCCGGGUCUACACUAAAAGACGACAACCUCUUGCGACAACUUUGGCUCCGCCGACUGCCCAACCAAGUCCAAGCCAUUUUGGCAGCGCAGGCGGACCUCACCUUAGAUAAACUAGCGGAUCUAGCCGAUAGGAUCACGGAAGUUGCCCCCGGGCCUGCAAACCUGUUUGCCAUCAAUAGUCCCCCACCUCUUCUCGCCUCACUUGCCGAAUCAACAAGGCAGAUCACGAUCCCGCUCCACAUCAAUCAACAGAAGACGUGA